CAAAAUUCACAAUAAAUCUAAUUUUCCAACACUUCAACUGAGAUCGGUAUCAGUUCACUUCCAUUUCUUCCGCGCUACAGAUAUAACAAUAAAUCAUAACCAAAAAUUCCAUCUGAAUUGACAUCUUGGUUGUCCUCUUAAAUUUGGAUAUUGGAAUUGGAAUUGACCAAUAAGCAUCAUGGGGUCAUUGUUCCGUAGUGAAGAAAUGACCUUGUGUCAGCUUUUUCUUCAAAGUGAAGCUGCCUACGCUUGUGUGUCUGAGCUCGGUGAGCUUGGAUUAGUUCAAUUUAGAGAUUUAAAUCCUGAUGUUAAUGCAUUUCAACGUAAAUUCGUUAAUGAAGUUCGUCGUUGCGAUGAAAUGGAAAGAAAAUUACGUUAUUUAGAAAAAGAAAUCAAAAAAGAUGGUAUUCCAAUGCUUGAUACUGGCGAUAGCCCCGAAGCUCCUCAACCCAGGGAAAUGAUUGAUCUUGAGGCAACUUUUGAGAAACUCGAGAAUGAGCUCCGUGAGGUUAAUCAAAAUGCCGAAGCAUUAAAACGUAAUUUUCUUGAACUUACCGAGUUGAAGCACAUCCUGCGUAAGACUCAAGUCUUCUUUGAUGAGCAAGAGGGUGGUCUAAAUACCACAACCGAAUCGAUGACUCGUGCUCUAAUAACGGACGAAUCACGAACUGGACAUUCAAUGGGUCCUGUACAACUUGGUUUUCUGGAAAAGUCACAAGAGCGUGGUGAAGAUUAUCUGCCAUGCUUCGUUGCUGGUGUGAUCCUUCGUGAAAGAUUGCCAGCUUUCGAGAGAAUGUUAUGGAGAGCAUGCCGUGGUAAUGUAUUUUUGCGGCAAGCAAUGAUUGAAUCUCCAUUGGAAGAUCCAGCUAAUGGCGAUCAAGUAUACAAGUCGGUCUUCAUCAUCUUUUUCCAAGGAGACCAACUCAAAACACGAGUAAAGAAGAUCUGUGAGGGAUUCCGUGCAACUUUAUAUCCCUGCCCUGAGGCACCAGCCGAUCGUCGUGAAAUGGCCAUGGGUGUAAUGACACGUAUUGAAGAUCUCAACACUGUCUUGGGACAGACUCAAGACCAUCGUCAUCGGGUUUUGGUAGCUGCUGCUAAGAAUCUUAAGAAUUGGUUUGUUAAAGUUCGCAAGAUCAAAGCCAUCUACCAUACUUUGAAUCUUUUCAAUUUGGAUGUCACACAAAAGUGUUUGAUCGCCGAAUGCUGGGUGCCAGUGCUGGAUAUAGAAACUAUUCAAUUGGCAUUGCGUCGUGGUACUGAACGCUCGGGUUCAUCAGUUCCGCCGAUUCUCAAUCGAAUGCAAACAUUCGAGAAUCCGCCAACUUACAAUCGAACCAAUAAGUUCACCAAAGCCUUCCAGGCUCUUAUCGAUGCGUAUGGUGUAGCCAGCUAUCGGGAAAUGAAUCCGGCUCCAUAUACAAUUAUUACUUUCCCCUUUUUGUUUGCUGUGAUGUUUGGUGAUUUGGGACACGGAGCCAUUAUGGCACUAUUCGGCUUAUGGAUGAUUCGCAAGGAGAAGGGACUAGCUGCACGCAAAACUGACAAUGAAAUCUGGAAUAUUUUCUUCGGCGGGAGAUAUAUUAUCUUUUUGAUGGGUGUUUUCUCUAUGUACACUGGACUUAUUUAUAAUGACAUCUUUUCAAAAUCACUUAACAUAUUUGGAUCGCACUGGAAGAUUCAUUACAAUGAAUCUACUAUCAUGACAAACAAACAAUUACAAUUGAAUCCAGCUACCAAAGAUUACGAAGGUUAUCCAUAUCCCUUUGGAAUGGAUCCUGUAUGGCAGAUUGCAAGUGCCAACAAGAUUAUCUUUCAAAAUGCCUACAAAAUGAAGAUAUCUAUUAUUUUUGGUGUGAUUCAUAUGAUUUUCGGAGUCAUUAUGAGCUGGCAUAAUCAUCGUUACUUCAAGAACCGUAUUUCGAUCCUGUUCGAAUUUAUUCCACAGAUGAUAUUUUUGUUGUUUUUGUUCUUCUAUAUGGCUUUGUUGAUGUUUAUUAAAUGGAAUCGUUAUGCUGCUGAUAGGGACCCACCAUACUCGGCUUCUUGCGCACCAUCUAUUUUGAUAACAUUCAUUAAUAUGGUCCUCUUCAAGCCACCAAAUACCCCUACUGAUGAUUGCAGUCCUUAUAUGUAUGCUGGACAAGCAUUCUUUGAGAAACUUUUGGUUUUGAUUGCUUUGGGCUGUAUUCCUGUUAUGCUAUUGGGAAAACCAUUCCACAUCAUGAAACAACGGAAGCUUGCUAACAUCCAACCGAUUCAUCCUGUUGGAAAUGGCGAUGCUGAAGCUGGAAUGAAUGCUGAAGGAAUGACAAACACCGAAGGCGGACAUGGCGGAGGAGGCGGACACGAUGAGGAAGAGAUGUCUGAGAUUUUCAUUCAUCAGGGCAUCCAUACAAUUGAAUACGUUCUUGGAUCGGUCUCUCAUACUGCUUCGUAUCUCCGUUUGUGGGCUUUGUCAUUGGCUCAUGCUCAACUUGCUGAAGUCUUGUGGACCAUGGUUUUGUCGAUUGGUUUACGUCAAGAUGGCUGGUUAGGUGGUAUCAUGUUGUGGAUUGUGUUUUCAUUCUGGGCUAUUCUCACUGUCGGAAUUCUUGUUUUAAUGGAAGGCUUGUCGGCUUUCUUGCAUACUUUACGUUUGCAUUGGGUUGAGUUCCAGAGCAAAUUCUAUUCCGGUCAAGGUUAUGCUUUUACACCAUUUGCAUUCGAGGCUAUUUUGGAAACUGGCGCUGUUGCACCAGAGGAAUAAGAUCAAGUUCAAGUUCAUGCCAACCAUUGAACUACUUUUCUUUCCGAUGAAUUUAAACUUUUUAGAGAAUUUAUUAAUUAGAAUAAAUAUAAACAUAAUAUACCAAAAUACCAAGAACUUUUGAGAUUAUUAUUAUAUGACAAGCAAAAGGGCACCUAUUAACAUAUUAAUAAUAAUAGUUAAAUAAAUAUUUAAUUUAGCUUGCAUUAUAAAAUAUUUAUGCUAUGUUAAAAGAGUGUAGCACACAGUUUAUGUAUUUAUAUUCAUUUAUGCUUGAAAUAUAUAAACUUACAUAUUCUAUUAAAAAAAUUAAAUUUUAUUCCCAUAAAUAAUUAAUAUUCCAUUAUAACUUCAGAUUGUGUAUUUAUUGUUGAGAAAAAAAAAAGUUGUAAUAAACUAAACUUAACCAGAUCAAUGUGCAAAUAAUUGUAACGAUUACAUAUAUGUAUUAAUAAAAACAAACAUUUAGUUGUUUUGCCGUUAAGGUAAA